AUCGUUUCCCACCCGACAGGCUCCCCCGAAAUGCUUGGUUACUUGUUCCUGCUGUCUUUGCUGGCCGGUACGGCGCAUAGCGGUUGCCCGAACGGCUGGAUCAAAUACAGCGGAAGCUGCUACUACUUCAGCGCGGACCCGACCACGUUCCCCAAAGCGGCCGGGGUGUGCCGGACGUCCCGGAGCUCCCUCUUCGUUCUGCCGACGUCCAAUGACGAGAACCACUUCGUAGGGCAGAACGUGAAAUACUCGGGGACGUGGAUUGCGAAUGUGAGGCCGGACGAGACGAGGCAGGUGUCGGGUGGGUACGACAACUACGACGGGAAGGUGUCUGACAAGUAUUUUGACGACUACUCCUUCAUGUACCCGCGCCAGUGGCAGAACGCGGACUGCAGCCUAAAGAAGGGCUUCAUCUGCGAGGUCCUGCUCCCCGGUGCGACGCUGGCUUUGUGCCAGGUGAUUGAUCCGCUUCUCUCUGCAGCUAGCACCAAGUGCUUCCGGAUAUUCACUGAGAGUCAGGUGACCUACGACGAGGCCGUGGCGGCCUGCACGACGCAAGUGCUAGGAGGAGGGGGGAAGCUCCUAGUGGUGGACUCACCCGAUACAAGGGAUGCUGUCGCCAACGCAAUGAAGUUGGUGGUUAUGAGCCAAACCGUUCAGCGAACGACGAAGGACUUCUGGAUCGGGCUGAGACGGGCGAACCGGGACUCACCCUUCGUGUGGCAGGACGGGACCCAGCAGUCCAACGCGGUCAACGACUGGUGGGACGGAAACCAGAACCCUUCCGGCGACGCCAACUGCGCCUUCAUGCUCCCGUCCAAGUGGACCACAGUAUCUGCCAACGAUGCGAGGGAGAACACAACCCUCGGACUGGUGUGCAAGGGGAGCAUGGGGUCCAUGACGAUGUCCAACGUUGCGAGCAUCUUCACGACUCUCACCAAUUUCUUCCGCUCCUUCUUUUGAGUUCUCUUUGAGGAAGUGAAGAAAUGAAAAUCGUUUUCUUCGGUGG